AAAUCAGCGAACCCAGGGUCGAGCUUGAUAUCUACGAAGAACAGAUUAGGGAAGGCUAAGAAUACGGAAUUUGACACACUGAGAGAAGCUCUCACCUCGCACCAAGAUAUCUCUGCACUCUUCAUAGGAAUAUGGGAUGCUAUUAAGCAUCUCCUUGAAUGCGUCACUGUUCGGAAAUUCCGCAUGAGUUCAUUUCGCCAAAUGAAGACGAAUCACAAGGGAGUGAUAUGCGAAAGGAACGUUCGGAAUUCCGUGUUGAUUGCGAGAGAGAUGUCGUACCGAAAGGUCACUGUUCCAUUGAGAAUUUCAAUAUUCAGUUCGCGCCUGGAAUCUGUGGCGUCAGUUCUCUUGACUAGGAACGGGGAGGUUCUUAGCGCUUAUUCACCUCCUUUUAUUUCCAAAGCCAUAAUUGUCCGUAAGGUCUAUAGUCCAUUAGUGUCUUGCCCGCGUCGCGGAAGAUCUGAUAUCACUAACGAUCUGCACAAGGACGCAUUAGUCGAUGUUUGUAAGGCAUCAAGUAAGAGAUACACACCAUUCGAGUCAAAAGAAGUUAUUGUCCCUGUGAAAAUUAUCACAUUAAUUGAUACCUUUUAUUGCGAUUUAUCAACAUACCAUCCCCUGAUGCCAAGGUGUCGUCAGAACGUGCUUCAUCCCAAAGAUCAUCAGCGCUUACAGUCCGACAAGACCACAAACUUUGCAUUCUUAUGGAUUGGUGGAUAA